AUGAGGUCAGCCUGUCUCUCUCUGCUCCUGGUCACUGCCUGCUGGGCUCUGCCCUUCCGCCAGUCCGGCUUUUUAGACUUCAUGAUGGAUGAGGCGGGAUCGGGUGGGAAUGAUCAGAUUACAGAUCAAAGCUUCCCUGCCAUGCCUCAAGGACCCAAGUGCCCCUUCAGAUGCCAGUGCCACCUGCGAGUGAUCCAGUGCUCUGACCUCGGUCUGAAGUCAGUUCCUGUGGACAUCCCAGACGACACCACCCUGCUGGACCUUCAGAACAACAAGAUCACUGAGAUCAAGGAGAAUGACUUCAAGAACCUCAAAGGACUACAUGCUCUGAUUCUGGUGAACAACAAAAUCACCAUCAUUCACGCCAAGGCCCUCAGUCCUCUGACCAAGCUGCAGCGUCUCUACCUGUCUAAGAACAUACUGAAGGACAUGCCCGCCAACAUGCCCAAGAGCCUGCAGGAGCUGCGCAUACACGAGAACGAGAUCACCAAGAUCAAAAAGUCCUCCUUCCAGGGCAUGUCCCAAAUCAUCGUCAUGGAGCUCGGGUCCAACCCUCUGAAGAGUGCAGGAAUCGAGGCCAAUGCUUUUGCCGACCUGAAAAGGGUCUCUUACAUUCGCAUUGCAGACACUGACAUCACCGAGAUCCCCAAAGGUCUGCCCAGCUCUCUCUCUGAGCUCCACCUGGAUGGAAACAAGAUCUCCAAGUUGACAGCUGGCAAUUUCCAGGGCCUGAAGAAUCUUGCCAAGUUGGGUCUGAGCUACAAUGAGAUCAGCUCUGUGGAAAACGGCACUCUGGAUAACGUCCCCCACCUGCGAGAGCUGCACCUCGACAACAACGCUCUGACCAGCGUUCCCUCUGGCCUGCCCGACCACAAGUACAUCCAGGUGGUCUACCUCCAUGCCAACAAGAUUGCAGCAGUGGGAACAGGAGACUUCUGUCCUCCUGGCCUCAACCACAAGAAGGCCAUGUACUCUGGCAUCAGCCUGUUCAGCAACCCCGUCCCUUACUGGGAAGUUCAGCCCAUCACCUUCCGCUGCGUCUUCGACCGCUCUGCCAUCCAGCUCGGCAACUACAGGAAGAAGUAGAGCGCCUCUGCAAGGAAGUGUGUGUUUGUAAAUGAGUGUGUGAACGUUUUCUAAGUGUGCAUGUUUGACCACAGCUCCACAACACUGACCCCUACCAACACUGCCUCCCCCGCAAAUGAUGAUGUCAUUAAUCACAUUUCAAAACUUUAGUGGACUUGGACUUCCAAUGCAAUGUAUCAUUUUCAUUAUAUAGCUUCAAGAUUGGUGCACCAGUAGCACACACGGCUUACAGCAACCACCAGCAUACUACGUGAAGCUCUCACACACAGCACACCCUUCAUAGAAGCAGUUAGGCACGCAUUAACAUUGCAAAUAUGUUCUCACGUACAUACUGUGACAUAUUAUUUUCAUUCAGUGGACACAUUGAAAUUCAGAGAUGAUCCCUAACCAAAAAGAUUUGAAACAUCAUUCAGUGGAAAAUGUUAUAAAUCUCACUUUAAGUCAACUUUCUCAACCUUUAGCCAUUGUAUGAAUUAUAAGAAAGCUAGCCUGUAGAGCAGGCAGCAAGGGGUUAACUUGUGUUUUACAAUUCCUUUUAACAACUGGUAUAAUAGAGUGUACUAGAUAUUACCUGUGUACUAGGAAUAGCAUUGAGAGUGUAUCAUUACCAUGCUGCACUCCUUGAAAGAACGUCAAGUUUCUAUUUGUAUUGUACUCAAUUCAAGUAGAGAUAAAAGCAACCGUGACUUCUAUCACAUUGUGCUUUCUUGUGCUUACUUCAGCGUUGAUUUAGUUCUGGGUGUUUUUUUACACUUUUUCUUCUUCCCAUCUCCUCUCCUGUUCCUGUCCUAGUCUGUGUUAUUCCAUUAAUAAAAAUAAAAGUGAAAAUAGCUUAUAACAAAUGUAGAAUAAACCAUAUAUGUUUUAAACAGAAGCCAUUCCCAAAGAUUUAUAUGCAUGCUCUUGUAUUUUUUUCCUUUCAACUUGAACCUGGUGCUUUCUGGAAUCCCUUGUUAAUGCUUGUAUGUACUUCUCUCCAUGUUUCCCUUAUUUCUUUUUUUUUUAAGAGUCAAGAAAAAUUGGAUGGUGUAUGUGGACCGGCAUGCCCACUGCAACCAUGUUGGUGUGAAUGUUGUAUGUAUAGACGCUGUAUAUAAAUGCUGUAUAAAAACCUCUCAUUUGCUUAAAGGCACAAGCACUUACCAUAGCCCAGACUUAAUAUAUCAGCAACAACGGUGUUCCUCUUUUUUUUCCGGAGCAGGGGCUCCAGCUAAGGUGUCCUGAACAAAAUAAAAAUACUAAUGGAAAAA